AUGGACAGGGUGCUGCUGUACAGGGGCCUGCUGUACACGGGGCCCGCUGCAAAGGGAGCUGCUGUACACGGGGCUGCUGCAAGGGAGCUGCUGUACAGGGGGCCUGCUACAAAGGGAGCUGCUGCAAGGGAGCUGCUGUACAGGGGGCCUGCUGCAAAGGGAGCUGCUGCAAGGGAGCUGCUGUACAGGGGCCUGCUGCAUAGGGAGCUGCUGCUUAGGGAGCUGUUCCUCCUGAUGAACAAGAGAAAGUUUCUUUACCACUUCAAAAACGUCCGCUGGGCUAGGGGUCGGCAUGAGACCUACCUGUGCUAUGUGGUGAAGAGGCGGGAUAGUGCCACUUCCUUUUCACUGGACUUCGGUCACCUGCGCAACAAGGCGGGUUGCCACGUGGAAUUGCUCUUCCUCCGCUACAUCUCGGACUGGGACCUGGACCCUGGCCGGUGCUACCGCGUCACCUGGUUCACCUCCUGGAGCCCCUGCUACGACUGUGCCCGACACGUCGCCGACUUUCUGAGAGGGAACCCCAAUCUCAGCCUGAGGAUCUUCACCGCGCGCCUCUACUUCUGCGACCGGGACCGCAAGGCUGAGCCCGAGGGGCUGCGGCGGCUGCACCGCGCCGGGGUGCAAAUCGCCAUCAUGACCUUCAAAGAUUAUUUUUACUGCUGGAAUACUUUUGUAGAAAAUCAUGAAAGAACUUUCAAGGCCUGGGAGGGGCUGCAUGAAAAUUCAGUUCGUCUCUCCAGACAGCUUCGCCGCAUCCUUUUGCCCCUGUAUGAGAUCGAUGACUUACGAGAUGCAUUUCGUACUUUGGGACUUUGAUAGCAACUUCCAGCAAUGCCACCUACAAUGAAAUACCUCUGCUGAAGAUAGUGGAUAAAAGAACAAUCCUUCAAGUCUUCUCUGUUUUUCGUCAAAAAAAAAUAUUUGUAUAUGACUCUUUAAAAAUAUCUACGUCUUGAAAAUAGAGAAGGAACACAGGCCCACCAGGGUGAUGCUGACAAUGGUGCGGUUUUGAAUGCAACAUUGACCCCUGCUGGGAACAACAGAACUGCAGGACUUGGGAGCAUCCUAAAAUGUCAAUGUUCUAUGACGUUAGGCAGGAUGAAAGCUGAAGGCAGAUCCUAAAGAGCAUGGUGAGAGGAUCAAAUGUUUUGCCAGCAUUGUCCUUUAUUGUUUGAUUCAUUUGAAUUGCCAGUGGUGUUAGCGAUAGAUUUUUCUACUCCUUUCCCUUGAGGUUUACUUUCAAGUAACACAAUCUCUUCUAUCAAGCCAUGAUCGUUAGUUUCUCCUAAGUGAGAGGCUCUGGGUGGUUGUAACCCAGACCGUCUCUCCAAAGCAUUAAUAUCCCAACGUGCGCUGUAUAUUUUAAUUCUCAGAGGCAUAUUUUUAUGUCUGUAUGUGAGAAGAUUUUUUAGGGGGGAGAGGGAGGAUGUACAGACUACUCAUGGUCACCUUCGAGCUAUUUUAAUAAAGGAUCCCAAGAUAGAUAUGAGGACUAUGAAGAAGACACUCUAACCAUGAGUUGAUGCCUCA